GGCGGUAGCGACAGCAGUGCCGGCAGCGGCCUCUGCAGCUACGGCAGCGAGGCUAGCAGUGUAGGCCCGAGGGCGGCGGCGGCCGUUGCCGCGGCGACGGCAGCAGCAGCUGCCGCCGCUGCUGGCGGGCUUUUGUCUGCGCCCGCAAUGGCCGCCUCCUCGACCAGUCCGGACGUGCGCGUCUCGCCCGGCGGCUGCGAGGCGCCGCUCGAAGCGGUCACGUUGGCCGCCAACGCGGCAGUCGUGUCGGCCGCGGUUGCGGCCGCAGAGUCAGGCGUGACGGCAGCCGCAUUGUUUGCCGUCGCCCAACACCACCAGCACCAUCAACAGCCGCUGCACCAACAGCCGCACCAGCCGCACCAGCAGCAUCGGCCGCACGGCCAGCCGACGAGUGCGUACGAGGCGGCGCUGUGCGCGCCCGCUUUCGCCGGUCUGCCCGGCCUGCCCGGUCAGCCAAUCACGUCACACGCCCAGAUUGCAUAUCCGGGCCUGGCGUCAGGCCCGCCAGGACUGGGCCUUGACGGCACGGCUGCCUUCGGCCUGUCGCAGCAGCAGCCGCCGCCGCCGCCGCCGCCGCCGCCGCCGCCACUGCAGCCGCACCCGCACGCCCACAUGCACGCACACCCUCAGCUGCACUCACACUCACAGUCGCACGUGUUCACGCACGCGCAAAUGCACACGCAUCCCUUCCUGCUCGGUCAGACGCACGCGUCGCCGCCGGCCCACGUGUUCACCGGCGGCCAAGCGGUCACUGCCGCUCCGUUCGAAUCGAGCCUCCAGCCGGCCUCAGUCUAUCCACUCACUGCCGUCUGCGCCUCGGGCCGCACAUACUCUCCAGGCCUGCCGCCCGUCUAUCCACCCUCUCCGCGAACGGCCGCGGCCGCCACGCCCACUUCCAACAGGCCGACGCCCACGCCCACGCCCAGUCUGUCCGGUCUGCCCACCGGCCGCCUCUCGCAAGUCGCCUCCACGCCCAGCCGCCACUACGAUUCGAUCGGCUCCAGCCACGCCCACAACAGCCACGACAGCAGCGCCAGCAGCAGCACCAGCAGCGCCACCAGCAGCGCCAGCAGCAGCAGCAGCAACAGCUGCAGCAGCGGCAUCGGCAGCCGAUCCGGCCGGACCAGUUCGCCACAGACCAGCGCGCAUGUCUCGGGCUAUGCCGACUACGCUGCCGUCGCGUUCUAUUCGGCCGCCGCGGCCGCGGCCGCUGCCGCCGCCGUCGGCGACGUCGACGCCAACGCCAACGCCAACGACAACGACAACGACAACCUGAGCGGCGAAGCGGACUGCAUACGAAGUAGUGGCGGCGGUGAUGGCGCUGCUGGCACACUUCAGCCUCCGCCUCAGCUCUACGGCCUCUCGGGCUAUUCGAGCCUGUCGCGCAGUCCCAACGCUUCCGGCGAGGCCUGCCUCGACUCCGGCCCCCCCCUCCCGCCCGCCAGCGUGGCUGCAGCCGCCGCCGCCUCCUCCCUAUCCCUCCUCCACUCCGCCUACUACCAGCACAGCUCUAGCAUGGCAGCCGCCUAUCAACACCAUUACAGUCAGUAUGCCCUUGACAACCAGCGUAACGACGCCCUUGCGCCGCUUCAGUCACCCCACUCGGCUCAGCAACAGCAACAGCAACAGCAACAUCAAUCGCAAAAACAGCCCCACCAUCAUCACCGGCACCAGCAUCAGCACCAACAGGCCGAGAACAUCCGAUCUCAGCCGCAGCCUCCGCCUGAUCACCACUUCCAGUCUCAUCUCAGCCAGAACCAUCAACGCCAACGGCAUCAGCAACAACAAACACAAGCACAACCUCAGCAACACCACCCCCAUCAACAACAACAACAACAACAGCAGCAGAGGCACCAACAACGGCACCAGCCAGCGCAGCGAUACGAACCGGAAGGCCAGUCGUCAACCCCGGGAGGCCUGCAGUACGGUCCCCCGUUGACCGACUACGCCGCACCGGCCCACCCCACCGCAACGCACCAACACUGCGGCCAACCGACCAACAGCGGGCCAGCUUCGCCAUCGGCUCUAUCGACAGGCCGACAAUCACAGACCACCGACACGUCACUCCCCCCACCACCCUUCCACAUGUCGCACUACAGCCCUCGGCAUGACAAUUGCACACUAGCUCAUCCAUCCUCUCACCCACACCAGCCACACCAUCCACAAGCCCUACCACCCCAACACCAACAUACAGCCACCUACCUCGCGGUGAAUGGACAAGCGGAUCUCGUCGACCGACAUCCCGGCCCCGGUUACUCGAAUAGACUCACGACAAACGACCCCGUCGGCAGUCCACGACUUGACAUUCGUGCGGCCGGGGGCCUGCUCACUUUGUUGCCAGGCGUAGGACACGCCGAAGCAAGAUCGCGUAACCAUGGCGGCCGGAUGAGGGGUGGUGGUGGCCUCGUCGGCGCAGGUCGACUCAGAAGGGAGUCAAGUGAAGACGAGGUCGACGACGACGAAGACGCCGAAGAAGAUGAGGAGGAAGAUGAGGAGGAGGAAGAAGAAGAGGAGGGUGAGGAGGAGGAGGAGGAGGAAGAGGAGGAGGAGGAUCAAGAAGAGGAAGAAGAGGAAGAAGAGGAAGAAGAUGAAGAAGAAGAAGAGGAAGAAGGGAAUGAGAAGCUGUUGGAGGUGGAGGCGGAUGAGGAGGGUGAGGCUGCGCUCGACGUUCUCGGACUUCUCGAGGCCAGGAACCCUCUGCUGGCAUCCAACUCCGCCUCAACCUCCGCUUCCCCCUCCCGCCCCCUUGGGCCCGACAUGUCCAUCCUCAGCGUGGCAGCCAGUUCGACCAACGUCGCCUCCACGACCCUCACCAACGCCACCGCCACCGUCUCAACGACUGGCGUCCUUCCCCUUGGCAACAUGACCGACAACAGUUCCUCCAUUUCCACCAGCCUUUUACUCUUACGCCCCUCCACCUCUGGCUCAGCCUCCUCAUCCAACUCCCUUGACGACAAUCGAAUCGGUUGCCUCAAUGAGCCCGUCUCACCGGUCCAUCAUCUCAACUCGGCCACCGGUACACACAAUCUUGCCUCCGAAUGUUCAGCCGCCACUUCGCCUCCCCUACCAGCCUCUCUCGCUCCUGAAGCCACCUCCAGUCCUCUGGUACCAAGUGAACAACCGCAACCACCGUCUCCUGGCGACUGUCUGACCAGUAGUCCACACCCAGCAAAUCUGCCGCAUCUGCACAACUCAGCCACGCCGACCGGCUUCUCUUUGGCCAGCAACUAUGCCAACUACCUACAGUCGGCUGCAGCGGUUGCCAUGGCAGCAGCUGCCUCCAACUACUCCGGAAAGUGGUAG